GCGAUCUCCCCAAUACAGCCGCGAUUACCGGCGAGCCGCCACGCGAAUCAUUUUGCGUACGACUCGCGAACACUGCAACGGAUUACUUGAGUGAUCUGUGAUUAAUCACUGUGAACUAGUGAUGUGUUUGAAUUGAGAAUGUCACCGCCGGCGGGGAGGUGAUCGGGAAAUGUCAAAUAGAUGAUGAAGACGUCGCUCGAAUGCGAGCGGUCUGACACCGCCGAGAACGGCGGGAAAGGCCGCAUUUCCUUUAGCGUAGACUCUUUAUUGGGGAGUAAAAAUGACGCGCCGAGAGACACUCCGGAACCAAGUAACGAUAGUGUGAUAGACACUGAUGAUAGUGAUGUGGAUAUUGAAGAUGUCGAGUCGAAUGUGGGAGAUGAACGAGACGAGAGAGAGAGCAAUCAAGAUGGAGAGGAAGUGGAAAGGACGGGCGUUGUGGUGCCGCAGCCGCUACUACCUAGGCUGUAUCAGGGUCCUACUCCGCAUGCCUGGCCCUUCGGAGCCUUUCCGUGGAUGGCACCAAACCCUAUGUUUCGAGGGGGUUCACCUAACACACCCACCGGCCCACCAGUGGUCAGAUGCCAACUCCGGAAACACAAGCCGAACCGGAAGCCGCGUACACCCUUUACAACACAGCAACUUCUUGCGUUGGAGAAGAAGUUCAGAGACAAACAGUACCUGAGCAUCGCGGAGCGAGCUGAAUUCUCUUCUUCGCUAAGACUAACAGAAACUCAGGUAAAAAUAUGGUUUCAAAAUCGCCGAGCAAAAGCGAAACGACUGCAAGAGGCUGAGAUUGAAAAGCUCAGGCUGUCUGCGAGACCGUUGCUACCACCUUCCUUCGCGUUGUUCGGGGGUGGGGGAGCUCCCCCCCUAUUUGCAGCGAUGGCCGCAGCCACAAGACCUCAACUGAGUUUCUUAGGGGGACCCCCAUCUCACCAACACGCCAUUAAUAUGAAUAUCUUGAAUUCCUUGCAACCGCAUUGACAUUCAGAACACGCGAAAACGCGUGAACAUCCGCCAUCUUGAAUUGGCGGGAAAUGAACAUUUUAAAUUUUUGGACUUGUGACAAAAUAAUAUAUAGGAAUGAUUGUGUUUUAUUCUUUAUUUAAAUGUACUUGUAAUAUAAUACUAAACAGCGCAGAUCCUACACAUUAUACCUAGGUACUUAAUAAACAAGAACAGAAGUAUGAAAUGUUUUUAAUAUUUCUACAUUUCAUUUGUAACUAUAAAAAUUCUCGGAUAUUCACUUUGUGGUAAAAUUAUGCAAAACUUGCUCAGUAAUAGUAUGAAUAACAAUUAAAUUAAAUAAUUUUAAAAAAUCUGUUUAUUAAAUGGUAGCUUACAUAUUCAAUAUAGUCUUCCUAUUUUAAAUUCCUGAGUAUCGUAAAGACUCCAUUAAAAUAUUUUUAAUACUUACUACCAAUUAUAUUAUUGAUUGGCCAAAAUUUAAAAAUUCUUUGUAUGUUAGUACAAUUGUGAGUCAAUAAUAUUAAUAUUUACAUUAACAAUUUUAUUAUAUAAGUUAGGAUUGUCUAUUAACAGAUAAUAGUCAAAAUAGUCCAUUGUGAAAAAAAAUGCAAUUUAUAAUGCGGCUUGAGCAAGAUAUGUGUCGAUAUUUUCAAAAAUGUUACCGACUCAAUACUGAAGUAUGAUUUCGAUUUUCGAUUUCGUAAGGUUUCUUGCAAAGUAAUAAUUUAUACAACCGAUACACAUUAUCAAUAUUUCUUGUUAAAACUUAACAACAAAAACUAAUAUGUUGGUGAUUAUUGUAAAUAAAUUUAGCCAUACUAUGCAUAGUAUAUUUAAAUUAUAGGUAUUCUAAGGAAUUUUUAGUAUCUAGUGUUUGGUAGACGAUGGAAAUUUUAUUUAUUGUACAACGAAAUUUUAAUUUAAUAAACACUUGAAAGUUGAAAUGAAUAUACACUGCAAAGUGUAUCAUAGAUUCAAGAGUCCUAAUACAUAAAAGUGAAUUUCGUCGUUUUCAAAUUUCGGACCUUAUAUUUCAAGCCGGUCAUUAUAUUGAAAUUAAAUUAAUUAUGAGUGCGUCGGAACGCUUCUAAAUUUAAACCGGAUGUGGUCUGUGUUAAGAACUGAAAAAAUAUACUUUUUGUCAAAACGUAAAAUCAUUGUUCUUAAUUUAAAUACAUAUUGUAAACAGCUUACAUCUUUAAUCUGUGGAAAUGUUUUAAUAUUUAUAGUAUUCGAAUAACUGAGCCGAUAUUAAUUAGAUAUUAUGUGCACUGUAUUUGGCUAAUUAGGGCAUUUGUACAAAAAUUACAUUGAUUUGAUAGCAAAAUUAUUGUAAAUAUUUAAUUUAUUCUAUACGUAAGAUGUUAGAAUAGAUUUUUUAAUGAUUAAAUUGCGGUAGGUAUCCUGUUACAUAGAGUUAAACUGUAAAAUAUUUUUGUUUUCUUUACGAUAAUG